AUGACUAAAUUCGCCUUUGGAUGGCUUGCUGCCUUCGUACUUGCAGUGUACGCUGCCGACCCUUCAUGGGUAUCGUUGAACGUAACGGUCGCCACUACAAUGUCGGAUCUCGACUAUAUGUAUAGUCAAGUUCCUCUUCUUUUCGGAACUCUCCAGCAAUCUAUGGACUUGACGAUAAACCUUUCUGGAGACCUCUUGUCCGCGUGGUCAGACGACUGCGUAUUUUGUCAAGGAGAAGAAUUGUUCGAUAAGACCUUGUCUUCAACAAUCAAGUCGAAUGGUACCGCCUGGCCUGGAAGUCAGCCAAAGUUCAAUGGAGAAUACUACUCAGAUGUCGUUAGUUUUGGUGGAGUCAUUACCGCCCAAAACAUGGACUUUGUCUUGGUGGAAGAAAUGUCAAUGAAUUUCUCUGCACGUAUCAAUAACGGGCAUCUAGGAUUAUUUGUGAACAGCACGGCGCCAAGAUCUCAGCGGCUGUUGACCAAGCUGUGGGACGACGGUAGCCUUCUGAACCCAGUUGUUGGCUUGCGACUCGAUCCUAUCAAGCCAAGGCUGACUAUCGGAGCUCUGGAUCCCGAGGACUAUGCCGGAGAAAUCAAUUGGGUCGAAAUGGAGACACCAACAGCUGAUUUCACCAAUGCCAUCAAGAUCGACGGAGUGAAAGGAUUCAAUGGAUCGUUCCUUCCCUUUGGCGGCGACCUAAUAGCAUCUCUGAGUACUUUCUCGAGGAACAUUGCCGUACCUCCCAACAAUCCCUACGCGUUAGACGAUGGAUAUGUGGGGCCCGUCGACCUCAUUAAUCUAUAUCCAGACGGAGGAUUCAGCUUCCUUUGCAACGGCACCGAAUUGCCAUACGUCUAUCUCACCGUGACCAUCAACGGCGUGGAUUAUCAAGUCGAUUCUCAAGACAACAUGCUCCAUAAAACGACGAUGGCAGCAGCCCCCGGCUUCUGUAACGUUGCACUGAAAAAUACGACAGCAGAUACGAAGCCGGAUGUGGUUCUGGGUCAGCCGUUCCUACGAAGCGUAUAUCUUGCAUACCGUUUCCCAACUGACGAUUGUCCUGGAUAUUACGGAUUCACAUUUCCAUCCGGUGCCAAUAGAACCCAAGAACAGAUUAAUCAGGUGCCAACUUCUACGCCUACGCUUAGUAGCCAAUGUCUGGCGUUGACUGCUCCUACGUCGACACCGACGCCAUCGACGAUGUCAAAAUCGGUCAAAUCGUUGUUGCAAACAGGGUCGUACGAGGUCUUUGGAAACAGUGGAGAGGGCCAGUACGCCAAGCAGAUGUAG